AUGGUGCCGCUGCUGUUGUUUUUGUUCGGCACGGCGCUGGCGGGCUGGACGCCCCCGUUCGCCCUCACGCAGUACCACGACUUUCCUGAUUUCGAGCAGUACGUCAUCGAGGUAGCCAAGCGGAACCCAUCGUUCGUCCAGCUGCGCGACAUCGGAAGGACCCACGAAGGACGGCGCCUACUGGGGCUAAAGAUCGGGCGCCCGAGCGCCGUCCCGAAGCCGGCCGUCUGGAUCGAUGGCGGCAACCACGCCAGGGAGUGGCCCGCUUUUCAUACCGCCAUCUACUUUAUUGAGCAGUUUGUCACCCGCUACGGCCAAUCCGACCGCAUCACCGACUACAUCAACAAGCUGGACAUCUACAUAUUCCCGGUGCUGAACCCGGACGGCUUCAUCUUCAGCAGGACCGACACGAAAGAUCUGAUCCGCCAAUGGCGCAAGAAUCGAGCUCCGGCGAAUUGCACCGGAUUCCACUCGACCACCGUGCGGAACGUCUGCUGCGAGGGCGUGGAUUUGAACCGGAACUGGGACUUCAGCUUCAAACAGACCAACUACCCCUUCAACAACCCCUGCUCCGACGAAUUUCAGGGCCCGUUCCCGUUCAGUGAGCCGGAAACACGAGCUGUCCGCGACUACGUGACCGGCCGCGAGCUGUCCGGGCGGCUCCACGCCUACUUUUCGAUGCACACCCAUGGACAGCUGUGGAUUCUACCGUAUAACGACCACCGGAAGCACUACCCGGAGGACUAUAAGGAUAUGGAGCGCCUAGCCUUCAGGGCGGCCGAAGCUCUCUACCAGUACCGGGAGACAAAGUACAGAAUCGGAACGGCGGCCGACAUGCUGGGUGGCCCAGCGACGGGCGGAGCCACCGACUGGAUCAAGGCGAACACCAAGACAAAAUACGUCUUCGUUCUCGAGCUGCCGCCAGAUCUAUCGUCCUGGUUCGCCUUCCAAGUCCGCCCUCACUGGCUGCUCCCCAUCGCCAAGGAGACGUGGCUGGCGGUGAAGGUGAUUCUGGAGCAGACGCUGGAAGACCACGGACUUCAGAGCCGGGCC